AUGAAUGAGGCUGACUUGUAUGCGAUGGUCAACCUGGAUGAACUUUGUACAAUUGAAGACUGCGUUUUGUGGGUGGACCUUCGAUAUGUACCACAUGGUGAAAGAGUUCAUGUAGAGGAAGGCAGUUUUCUGCAAAUCUUUGUGGGGGAGGAUCAAUCUUCAGAUGCAGAACCGAGUGGUGAAGUUUGCGUGCCAGAUGAACUAGCGGGUGUGCGACAGGUUUUUGCCUCACAUACUGCCUCUGAUAUGCCCUCAGCGGUGCAUUCCACGCAGGACAUGGAAGUUGACACAGGAAGCUCACAUGUACACCAAUGCCUGAAACGCACCUGGAACGCUUUAUUCUUUCUCUGGUACCUGUGGAGCGAUUGCUUUCAUGUACAUGCUUUUCACCAACAAGUUCUUCGACUUGGCGAAGCAGAACAUCCAGGUCCGACAAUGUGGAUUGGCACAUCCAAUCCUAGUGGUCUUCGAGGCAAAGAGGAAUCCUACUUUGAACUGCCUGUUGGUGUCUGGGGCAUCUCAGAGAAUCAUCUCACCCACAUGAAUCAAAGAGACGCAGACAGCACUACCCGACGGCUCAGUCAUGAAUAUGAUCGGCAUCUUCACCUUGUCCAUGGUGCACCAGUGGCACCGCGCACUGCUACCUCACAAGCAGGCACAUGGGCAGGGGUAAGCACCAUCACUGACCUCCCGUGCAGACCAAUAUCCAUUCCAUGGCCGAACUCCGAGUAUGCUUUGGGCAGAGUACAAAUGCUUCAACUAUGGUUUGGACCGUUUCAGCUGGAAGGGGCGAAUGUGUAUGGUUGGCCUCACAGUCCCACAUGGCCACGUGCUGCAGAGGCCACAGAAACUAUGCUUCAGCAUAUCACUCAAGAACUGGUGAUAUCCAGAACUGGACCUCGUUUCAUUGUUGGCGACUUCAAUUGCAAAUCACAUGAGUCACCAAGCAUGGCUCUUUGGAAGGCACAAGGAUGGGUAGAUGUUCAGGAGUGGGCAUUUCACAAAUAUGGACGCCCUCACACAUUGACGAGCAAGAACACCAAUAUCCUGGACUACAUCUUCCUAUCACCUGAGCUUGCACAGUAUCUCACAUGUGUUGAUGCCUGGACACUUUUUGCUGACCACACCACAAUUGGCGCAUGCCUAGAUCUUCCAGUACGCAAAGUUGAACAGCAAGUGUGGCAGAUGCCUGCCUAUAUUCCCUAUGACAAGGUGGAUAUGAAACUUUGGCAUCAAGAUGCAAAAUGUCCCGCACACAACUCCGCUCUAUCGCCGGAUGCAGCAUUCCGAGCUUUCAGUCUUGCGUUUGAAGAGAGCCUUGAAGGAGCGAUUGACGCGCCGGGAAAUUCACUACCACCAUCUUGUCGUGGUAGAGGUCAAAGAUGUGCACCUGAAAGGAGACCACCACAAUGCCCAGUUCUGAAACCUUCGCGUCCUGGUGAAGUGCAGCAAUCUUCAUGCUUUCUGGGUAGAACGGUACACAAAUGGUUCAUGCAACUCCGCCGCAUGCAAUCCAUGCUUCAUGCUCUGAAAGCUGGAAAAACCACAUGGGAUGCAAUCAUCUACAGAACAGAGCUUUGGCGAGCGAUAUACAGGGCAAAGGGCUUCGAAGGUGGAUUUGCCUCUUGGUGGUACCAACGACCUAUCAAAUGUCAUGGUUCACCAGUUGACAUUCCUACACGAGUUCCCACCUUGCGUCACAUGGAGUUGCUCUUCAUGGACUAUGAGAUCAACUAUCGCAAGUUUGAACACUGGCAUGCAAAACAGCGUAAAGAUGCCUUGCAAUUGGCGUUACAAGAGAACCAAAACAAGAUCUUUGCUUUGGUCCGACCAACUGGAAAAACUCCUCUGCAGCACUUGGAAGCUCGUACCGAAACUCAGAUAUUGGGCAUCUCUGAUGAUGGAACACAGAUACAUGUUGAAGAGGUACCCACUAUCGAUGAGCAAUGUGUGAUCAACAUUGAAGGGCAGCAUUUCUCAGCGGUUGCUGUUGAUGGUCCGGUCAUCACACUUUCGGCUGCGAUUGAAUCUGAUCACCCAGAAGUUGCACAUAUUACUCGGCAUUUUUCAACGGUGGAGCAAAUUCAAGGGCAUCUUGCAGAGUUUUGGCAUGAACGAUGGUGGAAGUCUCCCCCAUCUGAAUCGGACUGGCAGCGAAUCUUCCAGUUUGGUGAAGCAUACCUUCAACCCAGAGCUGAGCAGCAUGAGAAUCUCACAGUUGGCCAGUGGAAAGAAGCUAAUAAGAGAUACAAGGUGUCCGCUGCCAGAGGACCUGAUGGUUAUGCACGUCGAGACCUACAAUGGAUGCCAGAGGUCUUUCAGGACAAUUUGGUCCAGCAGAUGAACCACUGGGAAGCAAUUGGUGAAUUUCCAGAAGCCCUAUGUACUGGUUUUGUGCACCCGCUGCCCAAACGGGAUGACUCUGUGCUUGUGGGUGACUUUCGACCAGUAAUCAUCUACAGUAUGAUUUACAGGAGCUGGGCCUCGCUCAGGGCAAAGCAGAUCCUGGGGCUACUUUCUCAAUGUGCUGGACGUCACCAGUUUGGUUUCUUGCAAAACAAAGAAGGAGCUGAAAUUUGGAUGUUAAUCCAGGCCACCAUUGAAGAAUCCAUCUUGACGCAGAAGCCACUGGCAGGCUAUGUCUCUGAUAUUGAGAAAGCCUUUGAGGGCCUACCAAGAAAACCUUUGCUUUGGCUUGGGCAGCGCUUAGGAGCUUCCAAGAAGGUGUUGAAACUUUGGGACUUCUUUCUCAGUCACAUGUCAAGGCGCUUCUUGCUUUCCAAUGAGGUGGGCCCUCCCCUCUUCUCCAAUACUGGAGUUCCAGAAGGUUGUGCCAUGUCAUGUGCGGCCAUGGCUAUUGCCAAUGUAGUCUUCCACAAGUACAUGGACUUGUAUGCCCGUGUCACAUCCCUCAGCUUUGUGGACAACCUAGAGCUUCUUAGUCGUUGCACCUCUAACCUUCAUGAUGGCAUUCUCAAGAUGCAGGCAUGGUCAGACAUGUGGGCUUUGAAACUUGAUGAGAAGAAGAGCUAUGCGUGGGCCAGCACUCCCUCUCUUCGUGCGCAAUGCAAGCAGAUCAACGUAGAGGUUAAGAUGCAUGCAAAAGACUUGGGAGCACCUAUGACUUAUGGCAGCAAACACAGUGUGGCGGAGCAACUGGACAGAAUCAAAGCUUUGAAACCUCUUUGGCUAUUGCUGAGGAGGAUGGCUGUCUCUCUUUGGAUGAAACAGAAGAUUCUCAUUCAAGCGUUCUGGCCACGUGCGUACUAUGGCAGUGCCAUUUGCUGUAUGAGCUGGACACAUACCAAGCAAUUGCGGACAGAAGCCAUGCGAGCUCUGAAAGCAAAUCGAGGAGGAGCCAAUCCUGGUAUGAGACUUGCAAUCCUUUGUCAGCCACAAACGGACCCAGGCUAUUUUCAUUUUUGGCAAGUUUUGCUCACAUUCAAGCGGAUCUGCUGCAAACAGCCAGGGUUUGUUCAACUUUGGAGUGCCUUCAUGGGUAGUUAUCAAGGCGUGCCUUCCUAUGGUCCUUUUGGCAAACUUCUGGAAAUUUGUGCUCAGGUAGGAUGGCAGAUUGAACCACCCAUGCUGGUUGACCAUGAUGGAGUAGCCUUCAAUUUACUGCUUGUUGGACAGAAGCGACUUGAAGAUUUAGCGAUUGAUGCGUGGCGUCAAGGUGUAGCAGCGGCCUUUAGCAAACGCAAAGAUGUCACAGAUCUUCAAGGAAUUGACUGGCGAGUGCUGGACAAAGUGCACAAAACUCUGCCACCCUUCAAGCGUGAAGCGAUCCAUGUUUUACAAGAUGGGACUUUUGUGGAAAGGCGCAUUCACAGCAAGUAUGAUCUCACCAAAGAUGGCAGGUGCACCAAGUGUGGUCACGAGGAUUCCAUCCUACAUAGAUGCAGAUUCUGCCCAGCUACUCGCAGUGUGCGAGAACAAUUUCCCCACCUGAUGCAAAUUUGGGAUCAUCUCCCUCAAGCUUUCACACUCCGGCUUUUGCCUUCGCGGAAUCCGUUUGAGAUGCAGUACAAGCAGCAUCUUGCACAAACAGAAGCCAAGUGCAUUGGACUCAAGAUGUUGAGUCCCAAGGCUCAACCGGACCUUUUUACAGAUGGUUCUUGCAUUGACCCUCUUCAUCCAUGGGGAGCUGCAGCAGCCUGGUCGGUAGUGAGUGCCUCUCAUGACAAAGUGGUCGCCAAGGGCACGGUUGCUGGAUGGCAACAAACCAGUGACAGAGCAGAGGUGAUUGCCAUCCGAGAGGCAAUCAAAUAUGCCAUCAUCAACCCAGGAUGCACCACAAUUUGGUCAGACAGUGCUUAUGCAGCUGGAGGUGUAGUAAGGCUUCUGCAGAAUAUAGAAGAUGUGCCAAGUGAUGCUCAUGCGGAUGUGUGGGAAGAACUACAAGUUCUUCUUCAUGGACAUGAUGGAAGGAUUCAGAUUCAACAUGUCAGCUCGCACCGAGGGUCAGAUCGACUGUUGAUGGAUGUGGACAGUUGGACAGCCUAUUGGAAUGCUCGUGCAGACCAUGAAGCCGUGAUGGCCCAUUCAUUGAGGGCAUUUGAGUUGGAGACAUCGCGCAAGCAGAUGCUGGACCAUUUUCAUCGACAAAUUGAAACACUGAAACAACUUGCGGACUUCCACUUUAUGAUUGCGGAGACCUUUCACGCCAAGGACCCCGAGAAUGAAGAAGAGAGCAGGGGUGAGACACUUGCGGAGGAUGCGGUUACCUUUAAAGUGUCGCUUGUUGAGCUGGCAAUUCAUUUUGGUCUUGGAAAGGUGAUCACCAGACUGCCAAUGCCUGACCUGAAAGAGAAAAAUCGAUGGGUUGACCCACAAGUCCUUCCUGCGGCUUCUGUGGGCAAGCAGACGGUGGCAGCGAUUUUGAAGCUUCUUCGAAAUUUUUUCCUGUCAUUGGAUGAAUGUUUUGAUUUUGAAAUCCAGUGGAUUGAAUGUCUUGAUUUGACAACCAUUGGUGUCGCACCUCCACAGAGAGGUGUGGUUCUUCGGCUAGGCUGCAACACCGUCAAAACGAUGGGACAGCAGUUAGCGGCUUUUGCACUGAAGCGACCAAUACGGAAGGCUGGAGAUCUUUCUAGACCUGUCCAAUAG